CUCGGCUUGGGAGCUGUCAAUCGAAUGCGACAUCUUGCCGUGGUACCUGAAACUACCUCUCGUGGAAAAUCCGAAAGGAACAACCCUGACAAUGAUAAGGACAUGACGCCAUGAAACCCAGGCCUCGAAUCAAGUCGACCUCCACAACAUGACGCCAUGUUAACGCACUUCAAGGGCACAUCAGAUAAGCAGCUGAAUAACUACGGAGAUUGAUUUAUAUUGUUCAGAGGGAUGUGUUCUAUCCCCUGGAUCGCCAUUUAUUCGACAUUUGUGCUUGAGCCUACCUAGUAUACAUAUACCAUUACAACGUUGCCCACCAUGCCAGAUUCAGUAGUUCAGUUGCUAUGUGGUGUUAAGAAUGACCCGUGGGGCAAGAAGGGCAAGGAUUCCCUUGCCGGUGUGCUCUGGUCUAAAACACCCGGAGCGGGAGAGGUUGAUGAUUCUAAGACCUAUUCGGAAAUGUGGAUGGGCACAUACCCUACAGUGCCCUCCAAAAUCUUGUCCACAGGACAGCUCCUGAGCGACUACCUGAAAGAGAACCCCGAGGUUGUGGGCAAGUCCGCGUUGGACAAAUGGGGCCCCGAGGUGCCUUAUCUACCUAAGAUCCUAUCUUUCUCCAAGGCGCUCCCCCUACAGCUACACCCAGACAAGGCUCUAUCCGAGAAGCUUCACAAGGAGGACCCGGACAAGUUCGGUGACCCGAACCACAAGCCGGAGAUUGCCAUCGCGUUGUCGAAGUUUGAGCUCUUUGCAGGCUUCAAGCCCUUGGCCGAGAUCGAGCAGCUUCUGAAAGUCAAGCCACUCGAUCAGUUUGUGCCCCCGGGUCAAACGUCAGGCCUUGAUGAUGAGCUGCUCCGCGAGAUCUGCCGGAUCCUGUUGACGCUGCCCCCCUCCAUUGUAGCCGAGACCGUCAAGGAGCUGCUGGAAAUUCCCGAGUCGCGCUUUGGGCCCAACCAGCGGUACAUCCCUGGUCUACUCGACCGAUUACGCAAACAAUACCCCGAGACCGACAACGGAAGCUUAGUGGCCGUGCUACUUAUGAACUACAUGACACUGGGGCCCGGGGAGGCGGUUUGCGUUCCGGCGGAUAGUAUUCACGCGUACCUGCACGGCGAUAUCAUGGAGUGCAUGGCUCGGUCGGACAACGUGCUCAACACGGGCUUCUGCCCCAAGGCCGAGAAGGACAGCGUCGACCUCUUCACGCGAGCGCUGUCGUUCAAGCCGCACGGCCCGGACGAGGCGAUCUUGCCGCGACGGAAGAGCGACAAGGGCGAGCACUUCAAGACGGAAGUGUAUGCCCCGCCGUUCAGUGAGUUCAACGUCCUGGGCACCAGCCUGGGGGCCGGCGAGAAGGAGACGUACAAGCCAGUCGGCGGGCCCAGUCUCCUGAUCGUGACCAAGGGCAACGGCACAAUGAGCGUGGCCGGUGGCGACGGCAAGACGUUUGACUUGCGCGAGGGCUAUACGUACUUUAUCGGGGCGGGUGUGGCCUUGGACCUGAGCACGGAGAAAGGCAUCGCGGUAUACCGCCCGUAUGCGGAGUAGAUUGAACGAAUAGCGGAGUUAGAAGAGCGGAGAUGUGUCGAUAUUUAUAUUAGCGAUCAUGAUAUGCUACUGCGAGAAUAUAUUAUGUUUUUGUGUUGCCCUGAAGAGAAGAAUAUAUAGUGCUG